UAGAAAUGAGUAAAUUCAAACUGAAGAAGUAGCAAAUUUAAAAUGUUACCUUUAAAAUAUUUUGAGCCCACCGUGCGGCUUCGACGCGCGUGCUUAGCGUCACAAAAGGAUAUAAAACAGGCAACUGGCAGCAGCGGCAGGAGCAACUACAACAAGCGGCAGGAACAAGGAAAAAAGCAUAAAUAAUCUUGUAGUUGUUGUCGCAGCUGAGGCGAAGCGGAGCUCGAAUUGAAAUUUUAUGAGAAAUUGUAUUAGAGAAAUGCUUUGUGAAAUCACACGAGACACAGGACGAAAUUGUGUGUGUGUGUGUGUGUGUGUGUGUGGAAUGGAAUAUAAAAUUUCAAAUGGAAGGGGGGAAGUGGGAAUGUGGAAAAAGGGGACGCGCAUUAUGGCGGUUCUCCGGUUGUUCUGCGUCGACGACGUCAUCGCCAGUUGUUGUUGUUGUCGCUGCUGCUGCUGCUGCUGCUGCUGUUGGUUCCUGUUUUCGCUUUUUACCGUUCAGUCAAUGACCACAUUGUGUACACAACUGCAGCACUAAACGUGUAUGUGUAUGUGUGUGUGUGUGGAAGUGAGUAAUUCCUGCCGGAAGUCGAAGCCGCCGCCUGGUCAUUCUCGCUGCUUUUCUGCAAGCUCUCUCUCUCUUUCGUCCUUUUUCGCCCGCUCUCUCUCUGUACGCUAUGCCUGAGUUGUUCCUGAGAAACAAGUUUCCAGGAUCCUUGGACACGACACCCCGCCACCUUUUUGUUUGUGCCCAAGUCUUGGCGAGCAGUGUGACCAUUCUUUUGUGUUCUGGUCACGCUUUGAUCCUGCCGUUUUCGUUCUCCGUUAACCGCUCCCCCAAGCUCCAUUAUCCGUAGGCGUUGCCCGACUAAUGACAUGUUGUAAAUUAUACUGCUCCGCGACAUUGCAUUCGCUGUUUUAUGCUGCUGUUAUUACUCAGCCCGGCAUCAUUUCCUUUUUGCCCAUCUCCUUCUCCCCCGUUUUGUUUCGUUUUAUAAUUUUCUGUUGGUUUUUGUAUGGGUUUUCCGCUCACAGGAUGAGGGGAAGCUUGUUAUCGAAACGCUAUCACGUAAUUACUUGCUGCAGUUAUCCUGCGCUUUUGCAGAUGUACUAAUUUGUAUUCCAGAAAAAUUUAUUCCAUUAAAGUUGUCAUUAUAUGGGAUUUGCCAAACUCUAUUUGAUGCUUUGGGGACUUAUAGUUCUUAGUAGUCCCUGUCAUUAUACAUUAUCUUCCAAAUUAACCGAGGGGUAUGCAAUUUCGUUAUUUUAAUAAUAUGUGCAUAUUUCUAUAAUGUAAUCCAGGUGCGAUCCUAGACAAGACUAAUUAUUUUGUUGUAUUAUUUUUCUCAGUGAAGUAGCAAAAGAAAUUGUCAAUUAGCUGUUAUAAAGCGAAAAUUCUGAAAAUGUAUUAUUCAGAUUUAUUCCUAGAACACAAAUUACUUAAAUAUAUAUUUUUUAUGAUCGAGUGCUUUUUAUUUAUCAUCUUUAAAGUAAAAGUUUCCGAUAUAGCCUGCCCUGCCGAAUACAUUUUACAAAGUGUUAUAGCUUUUGUAUUAAUAUUCCCAAUGCCUAACUGUUCUUCAGGUAGCUUAAGUAGGAGCUGUGCUAUUUUGAAGCUUACGGGUGCAAAUUUGCUUGUUACGAACAUAUUUAAUAAUAAAAAUAACCAAAUAAAUGUGUUAUGCAGACCAUAACUGUAAACCCAUAUCCUGUUUGUUGUUUCUGCAAUGAUUUUAUAAACAUUGAAUUAUUAAUUACCCAUACAUAGCCGUCUUAAAAGUGAGUAUCCUUGGUACCAGUCUCAAGUGGAUCCUUAAAAUCUACUGACGCUUACCUACGAACGAUCGCUUGCGAUCCUCGAUCAGUAAGACCCAGAUUAGAUAUUCGCAAAAAUCCGAAAACCAGGCCAACACAAUGCAUAAUGAGGAUUAAGUCCUUUGCGAUUCCUGUGACUGCUUAAAGAGAUAGAGAGAGUUUGCGAAAGGAAGUCCCAACUGCGAGAGCAGAGCGUUUCGAAUGGCGAAUGCGUUUUUCAUUUUGCAACAUUUGCUUUUCGCAAUGAAACGAAAGAGCAGGGGAAAAGGGAUUGUUCGAUGAACGGAUGAAUAGAUGGCUGGUUGGCUGGUUGGCUGGAGGAAAAUAGGAACGAUAAAAACUGUCAGUUUUCCUUCGGGCUUGCCUUUUUCCUUUCCACAAUUAUCCUGUCAAACUUGUUUGCGCCGUCUCCCUCCUGCUCUACACCAAUUUUCCUUUCGCAUUAUGCUUUGACCAGAGCAUUCGCAUUAAAAGGACAACGCUCUCAUGCGUACGUGUUUCUGCGUCUGAGAGUGUGUGUGUGUGUGUGUGAGUGAGUGAGUGAGUGUUAGCGAGUUCGUUCGACGCCUGCGUCGCCAUCGUCCUGGCAUCGAACUGCCGUUCAGUCGACGCUUGCCGCUCAGACCGCUCAGACAUGUCGCGCCCGUCGUGAGUGCUUUUCGUUAGCUAGUUCAUUGCAUAUACACAUAUAUAUAUAUAUAUAUAUAUACAUCCUCGAAGAGAGAGCUGCCACCAAGUCAAAGACUGUAAAACGCAAAACAACGACGCCAUCAGAUGUUGCAGGAUAACAUAAAAUAAACCAAAAUAAAAUAAAUAAAGCAUCCUCCCAAAACCAAAGCUAAAUCAUUCUUUAAGAAUCGCAAAACAAAAGAGUGCUUCAAGUGUCGAAUCAAACAUCCAAAUUGUGCAAAUUAGUUACUGUUAGCAGAAGUUUUAUAUACAAACACACAAUCAAAUAAUGUGCAAUAAACUACUACCCAAUACUAACAAAAGCAACGCAUCAUCAACAAGAACAACAAAAACAAGCAAGCGUUUCUCAUAAAGUAACAAAAUUACUUUUGCCAUUUUGUUGGGACUUACGCACGACGAGCAUCGAAUAAACUAGAGAAGCAGAAAAAAACCAUCGAAACACAUCACAAUUCCAGAUCGAAGCAUAGAACUCCGAGAGAAAGGUGUCUCGUAGAGUAUUAAGAAGACUAUAUAGAAUAAAACGAAAACGAAAUCAAAACUGGCAGGAAAAUGAAAAUGUCAGAGGUGCCCCGCAUAAUGGUCUUUAGACCCACUUGGGAGGAGUUCAAGGACUUUCCCAAAUAUGUUGCCUACAUGGAGUCCCAGGGUGCCCACAAAGCUGGUCUGGCAAAGGUGGUGCCUCCACCGGAAUGGGUGCCACGUCGAAGUGGGUACGAUGAUCUCGAUGCCCUGAACGUGACGAUUCCGGCGCCCAUUUGUCAGGUGGUCACCGGCAAACAGGGCUACUACCAACAGAUUAAUAUCCAAAAGAAGCCACUGACGGUCAAGCAGUUCAGUGAACUGGCCAGCACCGAGCGUUACGCCACUCCCAAACACUUUGACUUUGAGGACUUGGAGCGAAAGUAUUGGAAAAACAUAACAUAUGUGGCGCCCAUUUACGGUGCAGAUGUCAGUGGGAGCAUCACAGAUCCCGACCAGGAUAGCUGGAACAUUAACCGGCUGGGCACCAUCCUAGACUUUGUUAACAAGGACUACAACAUCCAGAUAGACGGCGUAAACACCGCAUACUUGUACUUUGGCAUGUGGAAGACGACCUUUGCAUGGCACACGGAAGACAUGGAUCUGUACUCCAUCAACUACCUGCAUUUUGGGGCGCCCAAGACGUGGUACGUGGUACCGCCGGAGUGCGGCCGUAAGUUGGAAAAGGUUGCCAACCAGUACUUUCCGGCCAGCUAUAAGAACUGCAAUGCCUAUCUGCGUCACAAGAUGACGCUCAUUUCACCGCAAAUCCUCAAGCAGCACGAUGUGCCCGUCAGCAAGAUCACGCAGGAGGCGGGCGAGAUCAUGAUCACGUUUCCGUUUGGCUAUCAUGCCGGCUUCAAUCACGGCUUCAACUGUGCCGAGUCCACCAAUUUUGCCAUGGAGCGUUGGAUCGAGUACGGCAAGCGGGCCGUGCAGUGCACCUGCAGCAACGACAUGGUCAAAAUAUCGAUGGACACCUUUGUCAAGCGCUUCCAGGGUGAUCGCUAUGACUUGUGGAUGGAGGGUCGCGACGUGGGUCGUCAUCCGGAGGAUCCGACGAACGGGGUGGCCAGCGCAGCUCCACUGCCACCACACCUCGAUGUCUUGCUGUGUGAUAAAAAAAUGAAAAAGCAAUGCAACCCCACCAAGGCCAAGAGCUUCAAGGAACGCAAUCCCGAUCUGGAUCUGGAUGAAAUCCAACAGAAUCCCAACGUGCCCGACGAUGUCAAGGCCAUGCUGAAGGAGAGCGUGCUGACACUGGACACCGGUGAUCUGGGCGCCGAAGAGGGUGACUUUGCCAACGAGGACGCCAUGAGCCUGCAGAGUCCGGCGAACCUGAAGACCAAGCAGGAGCUGCUGGAGUACAUAGACGACGGCACAGAAGACGACGACGAGGAAGAAGACUUCAAGCGGCGCAAACAGAAGCGACGGUACGAUGCCGACUACGAUGACGACUGGCUGGCGUCCAAGCGCAGGACGCACUCACGAAAUAGCAGUCGAGGUCGCAGUCCACGCACCAAAGAUGACCGCUCCAUAUCGCCGGCAUCGUCGACUUCGUCAACGUCACGGGGUGCGAGACGUGGCAAGGCCGGCAACACGCCCCGCAAGACGCCAACGAGACGGAAAAAGGACACCACGGUCACGUCUCCGGCGGCAGCAACUGUGGCGAAAUCGCCACCAACAACAACUGCGGCAGUUACACCACCAACCACACUAACCACAGCGGCAGAUGGCGGUGAUGGAGAUGCCAAAAAGGAGCAGCAGGCGUUGCAGUUUAUGCAACAAUCGCGUAAAUUUGAGGGAAAAAUACCAAAACUAAGUCAGCCGAGUGCCGGAGCAGCAGGAGCAGCGGUAGCAGCAGCAGCAGUUGGAGCAUCCACAUCCAAGUCUAGUCAAGAGCAGCAGCAACAGAUUGUCUACGUCAACAUGUUGCCAGCGGCCAAUACCCUAAAUGGCAUUCCACAGCAGCAGCAGCAGCAGCAACAACAGUACGGCAGUACGGACGGCAACGUCUAUCAACUGCAAAAUGAAAUACUCUGUGAUGCAAACGGACAUGCCGUAACUGCCGCCACGGCUUCAUAUCAAACAACGGCUAGCAGUCCACAGCAGCAGCAGCAGCAACAACAGAAUGUUGCCGACAAUGUGGUCACAACUAUUAGUUCGUCCUCCAUCCUGCACACGAACGCCAACACCAACGGAGUGGACACGAUCUCCCAGCAACAACAACAACAACAACAGCAGCAGCAACAGCCACAGCCACAUUACCACUACAUCACCACCACCGGCGAGGAUGGACAAACACCGACCACCAUAGUGUUUGAGAACUACAACGGCGGUAUGCCGACGGCAGUGAGUGCCGCCGCUCCAACGCCCGUUCCAGUGACGGCACAGGGCAAUGCCGCCGCGACCACCACCACCACCGCGCUGGUCAACACGGACGGAACGAUCAUCGAGUUCGACGGCAGCACGUACGAGGAGUACCAUGUGCUCAAGAGCGAGCCGGGCAGCAGCGAUUGCCUGAGCAACGGCAGCAGUGCCGUGGCCGCCGACAUCAUCAAGUACGAGCCGCAGCACGGCAUCGUCGGCGACGAGGAGGAUGACGAGGAGAACGGCCUGCUGCAGGUGAAGUACGAGGAGCAGAGCCUCGAGCACGAUACGGAGAAUGACCACGAUCACGACCAUGACCAUGACCAUGAUCACGAUCACGAUCACGAUGCAGAGCAGGAGCACGAGUAUGAGGAGUAUCAGGUGAUCAAGGCCGAGGUGGAGGCCGAGGCGGCGGAACAGGCGGCCGGCACCACCAGCUAUACGAUCAGUCAGGACAAUCAGACGGGCGGGGGUGCGGCCACGCCCACGACGACGGUGAUGUCGUCGAUGGUGCCGAAGUCGGGAUCGGCGGCGGCGGCCAAGCAGAAGCGCAAGCGCAAGACGCGCGUCAUCGCCGACGAUGAGCAGGGCGAGUACCUGGAGAAGAUGAGCGUGCGCGGGCUGGAUAUUGCUCGCUACGAGCACAUCAUCGACGGUGUGGCCUACUGCCUGGUCUGUGCCAAGAAUGACAUCUUCAAGACGUUCAAGAACAAGUACAGCUUCCAGCGGCAUGCCUACCUCUUCCACGAGGGCCAGAACCGCAAGAUAUUCGCCUGCCCCAUCUGCAACAAGGAGUUCUCGCGCCCCGACAAGAUGAAGAUGCACAAGAAGGACAAGCACGGCGAUGUGCCCAUGCCGCCGUCGGCCGCCACGACGCCGCUAAAGGCUGACGGUCCGCCAGCGAAGCGGGCGCGUACCGCUCGCACCCCACGCGUCCGCAAGUCCAAGGGCGGCGAUGGCAGCACACCGACCAAGAAGCGUCUGGCCCAGAUCGACAGUGUGCUGGACGACGUCCAGAACGGCGAAUCCCCUGUCAAUGUGAGUCACCCGCAGCAGCAGCAACAACAGCAACAACAGCACCAGCAGCAGCAGUUGCAGCACAGUCUGACCACCACGCUGGCUCCUUCGCAGACGACGGCGCAGCCACAGCACCAGCUGCAGACGCUGCCAUCGCUGGAAUUCAGCGGGAUGAUCCUGCCGGGCGGGGCACAGCUGGCGCUGGCCAAUCCGGGGGCCACCAGCUCUGUGGGUCUGCAGCGCGGCCCGGGAACGCCCAAUGGCGGUCAGCCGACGGCGCCCACCACCACGCUGAUCUACUCGAACCAGCUGGAGCUGCAGCAGGCGCUGUUGCAGCAGCAGCUGCAUGGCCAGAGCAUCAUGAUCCAGGACCAGGCAGGCAACCUGGUGCCCCUUCAACUGGACCCCGGAACCCAGGCGAUAUACACAACGGCGCCGCAGGCUCAGCGCCAGCAGCCCACAACGACCUCAUAUCAGACGACCCAGCAGCAGCAACAGCAGCAGCAGCAACAGCCCGCCACCCAGUCGCAGCAACAGCAGCAGCAGCAACAGCAACAGCCGCACUACGAGCUGGACAACGUGACCUAUCUGAGCUCCACGGCGGCGGCCACGCCGGCGACGGCCGAGCAGCAGCAGCAACAACACCAGCAACAGCACGUGAUUGGCACGGUGCAGAGCUAUCAAAUCCUGACACCGGAUGGCCUGCAGAGCUUCCAGCCCAAACUGGAACCGGCUGAGCUGGGCGACCUAUGUCCCUACUCGCAGUACACCUUCACCACGCACGCCGGCGCACAGCCCACGCUGAAUGCGAACGCGCUGGACGCGCAGACGCAGCAGCAACACCAGCACCAGCAGCAGCAGCAGCAACAACACCACCAGCAGCAGCAGCAACAUCACCAGCAGACGCAAUUGCUUCAGCAGCAGCAUCCAUUCGCCACGCACCACAAUCCGCACCAGCAGUUUAUGGAGCUGAAGAACGAGCUGCUGAUCAAGGGCGGCGACGCCUACGCCCUGGACACCGCCUCCAUGUACCACCUGCCCUUCUCGCCCACCUCGAUGAUAAACGCGGUGAACGAUGUGAACACCUCGUCGCUGCUGGAAACCAAAGAAAUUAGCAGCAGCAGCACCAGCAGCAACAGCAACAACGCCAGCGCCGUGGUGAGCAGCAGCGGCGCCAGCAAUGGCAGCCUCAAGCCAGCGGCCAAGAAGACUCCGGUCAUCCUGUUGGCCGCUCGCGGUGCCACCAAGCAGCCCUCAGCCCUCAGCAUACUCAAUGGCAAUGCCAAGGUUACAGCCGGAAACGGAAGCGGAAACGGAAACGGAGGCGUCACGUUGGUGCGAGUCAAUGCCUCCAGUCGCAAUCAGCGCCAAGUUAUUGUCGCACCGGAAGCGGUUGCUGUGCAGCAACAGCCUGUGGCCGCCGAAGAGCUAUUGGCCGACGACGAGGAUCUCGACGAGGAUGACCUGGACGACGAUGCAGUGGCUCUAGAUGCGCUGUCCUCUUCGACUGCCCAAAUCCUGCGAAAGUUCCGCAUACCCAAGGGUACGGCCGUGACGGCCAAAUCGGGGGACCAUUACCUGGCCAUGCCCAUGCCCACGCCAACGCCCUCGCCGCCGGGCGUCGUCAAUUUGGUGGGCACCGACGUUCAGGAGGAGGAGGAGGCCACCGGGUAUUUGGAGAACGAGGACGACAUCAUCGAGGAGCUGAACGAGGACGAUCUGGUCGAGGAGAUAAUCGACGAGGAGCCCAGCGAGGAGCAGUCGGAGUUGCAGGAGGCGACGACCACCGAUGGCCUGGAUCUGAACAGCAGCACGAACGCUCACGGGGCGGCCACAACGGGCGCCACAAUGCUGUUGGCUGCCCCCCAGCCGCCACCCCUGCAGCUCCAGACAGUGUCCCCCAAUGGAACGGUUACCUGUUUCAAUCUCCCGCCCAACACCAUCCUGCUGCAGUCGGCCGAUGGCAGCAUAAUCGCUGCCACCCAGGUGCCGCAUCCCAGCAAGGCGGGCCAGCACCAGCUGAUAGCGUUGCCGGGUAACGUGGCCAUGGCCACCACCACCACCACCACCACCGCCACCGAUGCGACGUCCUCCCAAGUCCAGGCUACAGCGACGCCCCAGGCCACGCAGACCCUGCUCCUCACUGCCGACGGUACGGCCAUUCCCAUCCUGGCGACCACUCCCCAUCAGCAACAGCAGCAACAACACCAGCAACAGCAACAACAGCAGCAGCAACAACAGCAGCAGCAGCAGCAGCAACAACAGCAACAGGCUGCCGCGGCUGCUGCUGCUCAGUUGUUCGCCGCGUAGGGGCUAAUGGGUGGCCAAAUGGGUCGAUUUUUAAACAGUGCCACCAUAAUGCCGACCACUUACUUUUUCUAAAACUCUCCAAAAAUAUUCAGCCGUGAUUCGGUUGCUCAUGGGACAAAGCUAAAGCAAAGCUUUGUUCUGUCGGCAACGUUUAAUUGUUUAGAUUAAAAAAAAAAACCCUAAGAACACGUUAAAAAUCGUCACAUUUGGCCACCACCGCAUCAACUGAAAGGGAUUGCAAGAAAUGGGAAAACUGAAGCGUGUAUAGACGUCACACAAUGAAUAAUAACUCAAACCAUAAGCCAAGCUAAACAAACUGAUAUUACCACACUGUUGGAUGUGCAUACGAAAUUUAUUUUUUUAUUCAAAAACCAAAUGCCUACAAGACUACAAAUCAAAUGUUGUUCAACACACAGUCACACACACACACACACACACGCGAAUGGUGUUGCAGAAGAAUCAAAUAUGUACGUUUCAAGGCAUACUUAAGAGCAUCGUAAGUUUAAAUUAUUUCUACGCCUAAGCUAAAUUAAAUUUAAAGGAAAGAAAGGAAAAGACGAGACGAGACACACACCCCCAACCAGUUGUAACUAUUUUUUCCUGCCUAGAGAGCGGGUCAAAAUGUGUUUAGCCUAAUUUAGUUUUGUGAGAACUGUUCCGUUUUAUGAAAAGAUGAUAACUGACUUUUGAAACUCCACGCGAGCGUUCUCUACAAGUACUUAUAAAUAUAAUUUGUUCCUUGCAUAAGAGAGAUAGACAGGCAACUAUGCAACGUAAUUCAUGUAGUAUUUACUCAAUAAGUUCUCAGUAUAUUUAUUUAUUUUUGUUAACCAAUCUUACUUGUGCACCCCCACACCCACCACCGCCCCCUUGUCCUCAUUAUUUCUUUUAACGUGUUGUAUAUUCUUUACAUACCUAUAUAUAUAUAUAUUAUAUAUUUUAUUUGCAAUUUUGUUAUGCCAUUCAUAAACAAAUAGGAAUUCAAGCAUAGCACUGACCUAAAAUUACUCUAAGUUGUAGGCUCGAUACUUUAGACUAAAGUAUUUUUUUAAAAGAUUCUUGCGAAAACAACAACAGCCCGAGAAUACAACAACAACAACACACUAAGCUAAGCGAAGUAGGUUAAGCCUAAAAUAACUUUAACCGAUGGAAGACAAUGAUUCAAAAUAUAUAUAUAAAAAUAUGUAAUCUAAGACAAAUAAGCAAAAAUGAGUUGCACUUCUGUAAGAUAUACUUUAAAUUAUAACGAAGCGAAAAAGCAAAAAAAUUAAGCAACUCAAGUAGCCUACAUUAUGUAUGAUACAAAUUAUAAAGCUAAUAUUACUUUACGUACACAUAUAUAUAUAUAUAUUUAUUAUAAACAAUAAAAUACAAUUUUAAAA